GCGCGGGCGCACGCGUCGCAAUGAUCCGAGCAGCCGCCUUGCUAGCGAUCGCGAGUGUCGCCGCACUCACGAUCAACGACACAACAAUUGAUAAACACUUACUCAAACGAUUAUCCUCUUACAUUGACUCUAACAAAACCAUCGAUUUAGACAAACUACGGAACCUCAACAAGACGGUACUGCUAAACAAAGAGUUGGUAACGAUUUUGAACAAUUACGUUAAUGAGCAGAAUGAGAGCAAACCGAUGCAGUCGAAGGUGUCUGAUGACACUGAAUCGUAUAGCGUGUACGAGAAUGGGAAGAAGGGGUCGACUCUGGUGGAGUCGAUAGAGGAGUCCCCGGACUAUGCGUCCUCGAUAGUGCUGGCUAGUGAUGUCCUGUCGCUGACGUCUGCGGUGUCAAACAUCGAGGAUGAGGUCUGCAGGGAACAGGGCUAUCAGUUCCUGGACGGAUUGCUGCAGAACAAGAGAUGGGCGUUGAAGAUGUUCGACGCGUCUUCGAAGUCGCCCGAAGGUCUCCUGUACGGGUCGUCGUACCACCUCGGCAACUUCGACGAAUGCAUCGGCAUCCACGACGAAGGUGAAACGGUCACGGUUGACGGCCAGUACUGUCUGGCUACCAUCAAGUGGCCGCAACCUCAGGAAACCAAAAAGUCGCGCUUGGGUCGGGGUGAGAUCCUGCGCUGGGCGGUCUGCGUGCCAAGCGCGUGCGACGCGAAAGCUGUCGAGCGCUUUGUGGGAGACGUCCUCGCUCGCUCGGUUGGGAACAAAACCACAGUGCGAGUCGAGCAUAGGGACUGCUACUUCAAGGAACCCAUCACGGUGUCGACGAAUGAUGUUGCUUUUCUAUCCGUAAUGCUGUUCUUCUUAGCCAUCAUCUUCAUCAGCACUGCUUACGAAAGCGCCUGCCUCCUUCGAAGGAGUAAGAGCAAGACGAUCACCCACCAGCUCAUUGUCUCUUUCUCUCUUAUAAACAACGGGAAGAAGAUUCUCUUCACUGAGCAGACCAACAGUAUGGGCCUGGACUGCAUCUCCGGAAUCAAGACUCUGUCGAUGGUCUUCAUUCUAUCUGGUCACACUAGUCUUUUCGUUGGCACUGGCCCCGUUAUGGACGAGUCUGGGUGGGAUAAUGCAGUGAAGAACCCUAACAACAGUUUGAUCCUGAACAGCAUGCUCCUCGUGGACACAUUCCUGAUGCUCAGCGCUUUUCUGUUCAGUCGUCUGCUCUUGGCUGAGCUGGACAAACGCCGAGGGAAGCUGAACGUUAUUCCUAUCAUUUUAUUCCGGUAUAUUCGAUUGACUCCAUCAUACUUGGCUGUGAUAUGGUUCUACAUAACAUGGAUGCCGAAGAUUGGGGAGGGACCGCUAUGGAAAGAGAAGGUGAUGCUAGAGCAGGAGAGGUGCAGGGAGAACUGGUGGAUAAACAUUUUGUACGUGAACAACUUCGUCCAUAGCGAUACUAUGUGCAUGUUCCAAUCGUGGUACCUGUCAGUGGACACUCAGCUGUUCCUGGUGGCGCCAAUCUUCAUCUACGCGUUAUGGCGCUGGCGCCGCGCCGGGCCCAUCUUGCUGGGACUGUCCAUUGCCGUGUCAGUUGCUGUGACUGCUAUCAUCACUUACAAGGACGACUUGGACCCGACCUUGAUGAUUUAUGCCAAAGAAUUCACAGAUCUCAUUUCAAACUACUACUUCCACAAGGCAUACAUAAAGACCUACAUGAAGAUGACCACUUACUUCAUGGGGCUACUUACGGGCUACAUCUUGCAUCGAGUACAAACGGAGAAUUACGAGUUCACUCGCCUCCUCAAGGUCUUCGGGUGGAUUACCAACAUUAUCCUUGGUACCGUGACCAUGUUCCUUGUGAGCAUCUUCUACCAAGACUGGUACGCGUACAACAACAUAGAAUCGGCCGCGUACGCUUCGCUCAGUAAAUUAAGCUGGGGCAUUGCCAAUGGGUGGCUGAUCAUCGCGUGCGCUACUGGGAAUGGAGGUAUCUUGAACAAGCUUCUUACAUGGAAGGUGUUCGUCCCAUUUGCGAGGUUGACGUACAGCGCAUACUUGGUGAAUGGACUCGUGGAGUUGUUCUACUUGGGACAGCUACGGCACCCUCUGCACAUCACGACAUAUUCAUUGGUUGAAUAUGCACUUUCUCACUUGAUGCUGACUUUCUUCUUUGGAGCGCUACUGUGUUUGAUAUUUGAAUCACCCAUACAUGGGAUAGAGAAGAUUCUGCUGAACAAAUUCGUUCACUCAAAGUCAAGAGAAGCAGCAAGAAAGGAACAGUCCCAGGGUUCAUCAAGAAGUACUAGUCAAUCCAAAUUAGAGUCAUAGCACGUUCGAAUAUUAUAGGUGUAAUUAAAUAUUGUACGCUUAACUGAAUGUAAUUCUUGUCAAUGAAGGUAUGAGAUUUGCUGCCAACUGUGGCAAUAGCAAGCCCAUAUUCGUCUCACAGUAGGGAAAUUUUUGCCCCAGCUGUGUGAAGAUCUGGGUCAUACAUAGGUUUGAUGAAGGGGUAUAAUGGGGGAUAAUCUUAGAUACAGUCAGAUGUCAAACCGCCUUAUGCCUCUUACUAGUAUUCGACAAUGACGAAAAAAUACGAUUCUUAGUUUUAGUGCCUAUGCUGUUUUGUUUUGAUGAGUCAAAGCAAAAACUAUAUGUAAGUGCGAAGAGAGCUUUAUCAGUGGUAGAAAAGAGUAAGGAAAAUUCAUUAUUCAUCCAUAUGAAGGAUUGUCCAUAUGUCAUCCAUAUUGUAGGCUGUAAUAUAAUAUAAACACCUUAUAAAUACUGGCAUAAGGCUAAGGCUGAGUUGUACCACCAAACUUUGACAGUAACUAUAACGAUAACCGGUGUUUUUUAUGGAGUAUGACAGACUUUUUACUUUUGUCAAAGUUAAAGUAAGAUGGUGCAACCCAGCCUAAGAACUUGCCGCGUCGGUAACGAAAUUGUCUGUAUUUACACAGCCUCUGAAUGUCUAGGUAUUUAAUUAAAUGAACUAGAAGUUAGGACCACUUAACGUGUUACGAGUAAGUUGAUUGAAAAUUAAUUAAUAUUAUUUAUUUAAAUAAUUACUUUAACAACAUCGGGACUUAAAAGGUUUUUUACCUAUCUUUUGCGAAAAAAAUAGUGCUGUGUUGAAAUUUGCUGGAGUGGUCUAUUUUUGUAUGUAAUUAAUUCUAAUUUUCUAGUCUUAAAAUACAAUUUAAUGAAAUCUGCUUAGGUACAGACCUUAGUAUAACAUUAUAGCUAAGUCAUGUAUCCGUUUGGCAUUCCAUAACCAUUUCCAUUCCAUACAGCAUUACCCGUUUGGCAUUCCAUUCCAUACAGCAGCAUUACGAUUUCAGCAGUAAUCAUUACCGACGAUUUCAUUAAAAUUUCACGGAUAAAUCCGUUGAAAUAUAAUGAAAUUGUAUUAAUUAAAAGUGGCAUGAACAAAAAAAAAAAAGGUACAAAACCACACAAAAUAUGAUGAAAGCAAAUGUACGCCAUUAAUGUAUAAAUUACAACAUUAACACCUUUACAAACCACAUAUGACGCAAUAAAUUUAUUUGAACCGAAAAUGGCUUGCUAACAUUUUUUUGAAAUUUCUAAAUGGUCGGCAAUGCAUAAUCAUAAAGGUUAAAUACGAGUUUAGAGAGAUAGAAAAGUGGUUUAUUUCUCGCUCUUUAAGCUGGUUAUACAGGACGGUUGCAGAGAAACAAUAAUUAUUUUAUAUAUUUAACACCUGUAUUCACAAACGAUACUUGCUGAAGUGAAGCAAAAAAUCGAACGCACAGCGUUGAAUAGUGCUGUGUGAUUGGUUCGUGUGUCACCCAGUCCGUCCAUGCGCACUGUGAGACCUCAUAGUAAUAUUUGUGAAUACGGGCGUAAGUAAGUAGAAUUAGCCGUUGCACCUACAUAAAAGUACACAGUGCUGCAUUAAGUCAUUGUGUGUAAAAGGCUUUACAAUUGUAAAAAAUAGUGUCAGCACCAGAACUAUAGGUAAGGUAUCAGAAAGUUUUCAAUAUAUCAUUAUAAAUUAGGUGUGUAUUAUGUAACAGCUAUUAUUUGUACUUUAUGUACUUUAAACAUUUAUUAGUUUUGUUGCUGACUGCUGACCGUGUUUAGUGAGCUUGUAUUGUAUUUAACUAUUUGGUAUCCCGCGGUGCCGAUUAAAUAUUAAGAUGUGGUUACCGGUACCCAAAGCUAACGUCUAAUAGGAAAUGUAUUAAGUUCGAGUUGUUAGUUUAUUACAUAAGCAAACAAAUAUGUACAUAUUAGUUCUAAGUUAAUUGCUCAAUGUGUAUUUAAUGUUGUUAGGCAAAAAAUUGUGUAAAUAAA